GCAGGUCAGAUUCAGAUACCUGGUUAUAAGAUGGUGUGUAUUCAGCUGAGUGAUGUGCUGCACAGGAAUAUUCCUUUAGAAAGAGAAACUUCUCAUGUGGAAAACUUGGCUGUCCAGACAGCUGAAGAAGUUAGAUCUAGAGGAAUAGAGUGUAAAUCUUCAGAAACAACGGAUAAAGAAAAACGCAACCAGCUGAUUGCUCAGGAUGUGCUAAAAGAGGAUGAACAAAAUCAGUGUUCCAAAAUGAAACCUGAUAACAUUAAGGAAGUUAUUUCAGGUGAUGCAACAGGAGAUUCCAAAGAAAUUGAUGUAACACAAACACCUCCUAGAUGCACUGUGGAAGAAAAAGAUGAAUUUAACAUUGAUCAGGAAGUGUCUGAAAAGAAAAAGCACAGUCUAGAAUCAAAUGAAAAUUCUCCUGAGGAAAAUCAGCCUGUGGUAGUGAAACGCAAAAGGGGAAGGCCUCGUAAAUACCCUCUUGAAGCAGUACAACCUGGUGGUGGGGAGUCAAAAGCUGAUAUGAGCACUGGGAAUCUGCAGUCUUCUACCUUUGCAAGUAGAGGGAAAACACCUCAAACUGGUACAGACAUAUCUAAUAAGAAAGAAACAACAAAUGAAGAUGAAGCUGAUAAAGCAGAAAUGGUUGUGCGUAAAAGAGGAAGAAAGCCCAGGCGUUCUCUGGUUCAAUCAGAGGAAAUGGAAACACUGGAGCCAGAGAAGAAACGUCGGAAAUUAACAUCUUCAGAAGAUGAACUAAAAGAGCAAGAGGAAGGUGAGGAAGAGGAUGGUGAGGAAGAUGAUGAUGCAUAUUCUGGGGCCACAACUAGAUCAGCCACAAGAUUAGAGGCUCAAAGAAAACAGCCCAGCAAGCCAACCACACGUGCAACUUCUAAAGGCAGCAGUCCAAAUUCAGUUUCUCCUAGAAAACAACAGAAACUAGCAGCUAAAAAGAGAUCUCCAAGUGAUACAAAAAUUAAUAAAUCUCCUCCAUUGACACAGGUAAAGGUGCAGUCAGCCAAGCGUAAAAGGGAGGAGAGCCCAACAGUGGUACGGAGAAAAGGCCAGCAGAAAACAGAGGAGACGCCGUUAAAGAAAGCAAAACGAUAAUCUUUACCAGCCAGUACUGUUCUUGGAAGAGUCAAAAGGAAAACAAACAUCUGUGCUUCUAUUUUUUUUAAAGCAAAGGGAUUUGCACGUGCUUGUUUCAGAGCUCUGAGUUAAACAAUGCAGUACUUUUAAGUUACAUUUUAAACAGCUUUAUAAACUAUUGUUUAUACAGAAUAUUAUGUACAUUUAUUUCAGAUGAAAAAUAAGUUUACUUUGUAUCUGAAUGAAAAACAAAGUAGUUAUAUAUUUUAUCACUGACUUGGAAAGUUGGAGUUUCCCAAUGUGACAUGCUAAUGCAGAUGCUUCCAGCCCAUAAGGCACCCAUGUGCCUACUAAUACACUUUGUACAUAAACUUGUAAAAAUAGGUUGUAUUUUACUCUGUGUAUGAAUUUAAUCAAUGAUGGACAUUUUAUUUAUUAUAUGGAAAGCAUUGGUCUGUAAACUUUAGUAUAUACCUUAGGGUUUUUUAAUUAUAUAUUUUACAUUCUAUGCAGAUGUCAGUAGGAAACUUCCCCUCUGCUCCCCCAGGGCUGUCUAAAAUCUGAAGUUCUCUGAAAUAUGCUCAGACAGUUGGUAAAAUAUUUUUCUCGCAUGCAUUAAAGUAGUUUAGCAUAGUGAAAGGGACUUGGCUCCUUUCUGUUCACAUUUGUGACAAAGUAUGACAUUUAAAAUGUAAUCUUACUAGAUUAUAUUUUCACUUGUAAAUUUACUACCAACUUCAAGAAAUGAAUAGUACUAGGUUAGAUUUACUCACAGUCAACCAAUACCACCCUAAAAUGAAACAGUUUUAUUUUGCAGCUAAACACCUGUUCUUUCAGUAUUUAUCUUUUACAACAAAGAGGGACCCAUUGAAAUCAAAUCUCACUUCUAACUAUAGAGCUUCAGCAUUUUAUGUUACAUUUUAUACACAGGUAUUAAAAAUAGAAGCUGGUUUUAUUGCCAGAAUCUUUUUUUAAUGUAUAUUAACUCUGGUAAGAGCAAAUGUUCAAGUGAAGUUGUAUAUAAAGUUAAACUUUUCUUAUGAUCAAAUGUGUCUCUUGUUAUGAUGUGAUGAAUUGCCAAACAAUCUGAGAUUAUUUUAAGUGUUUUGUUGAUAUUCUGGUUUAUAAUUAAAAAAUAUUUUGGGGGUUGGAA